AUGAAGGAUGUUGGUAUUUGGACAAUUUUCAAAGUUAUUUUGAAUCACUCACAUCCUUGUUGUGCAGACUUGGCUGAGAUGCUCAAACAACACAGGGAGCUUAGCAUGUUCAUGCAUCGCACCAUCGAAACCCACGAGGAAGCCGAAAUCAGACCGAGUAAAACUUACCAAUCAUUUGUGGUAGCAGCUGGCAGCCACCGUGAACUAGGUUUUAUAGAAAAAGACAUCUGGAAUUACAUCACAAGGAAAGUACGGAAUAUUUCCGAAGAAGACGAUGCCAAAGAAUUUGGGAAGUACCUAGUUAGAAUGAAAGAGAAGAACCAAAAUUUCUUCUUUGAACUCAACCUUAAAGGUGAUCACUGCAUUAAACAUGCAUUCUGGGCUGAUGCAAGAAGCAGGGCUACAUUUGAUUAUUUCAGAGAAGUGGUUUCAUUUGACACCACCUAUAACAGAAAUAGAUAUUCGGUUCUUUCAAAACAUAUUUUGGGUGUUCAGUACAAUUUGGUUUUAGGUUCUUUUGUUGCCGUGAAUCACCACAGCCAGUCGACACUUCUUAGAUGCACGCUGAUGAAAAAUGAGGAUAUCCAAUCAUUCAAAUGGCUAUUUGAGUGUUGGCUACGUUGCAUGGGAUGGAAGGCACCAAAACGUAUUCUUACCGAUCAAUGCGCAUCGAUUCAAAGGGCAAUUGAGCUGUGCAUGCCAACAACAAUUCACCGCUAG